UCGAACAGCUGUGAUGUGGUUCUCACUCGAAGCGCUGGUCGCGAUUGCGGCCGUAGUGGGUGGCUUCGUGUAUUACGUCGUUCGCAAGCAAUCAUACUGGAAAGAUUGUGGAGUGCCCCACCCAAAACCGGCCUUUUUCUUUGGCAGUUUUAAGGACGCCGGUACAAAGGAACAUUUUACGACUCAGCUGGAACAAUACUAUGUCGAUUACAAGGGAAAAUAUCCGUUCAUUGGAGCGUACAUGUUCCUCUCGCCGACUGUGCUGCUAACCGAUCUGGAUCUGAUCAAAACUGUGCUCGUCAAGGAUUUCCAGUACUUCCACGAUCGGGGUCUAUACUACAACGAAAAGCAUGAUCCCCUGUCUGCUCAUCUCUUCAAUCUCGAUGGUCAGAAGUGGCGCAAUCUGCGCAACAAAAUCUCACCAACAUUCACAUCCGGCAAGAUGAAGAUGAUGUUCCCAACGAUCGUAGGGGCCGGCAAGCAGCUUAACGAUUUUAUGCUGUCCACGGUCGAAAAGCAGGAUGAGUUCGAGCUAAAGGAUAUCUUGGCUCGCUUCACCACGGACGUAAUCGGAACGUGCGCGUUCGGGAUCGAGUGUAACAGCAUGAAAGAGCCGGACGCGAAGUUCCGCGCCAUCGGCAAACGGUUGAUCGAAGAGCAGCCGUCGAGUUGGAAGAACAUGCUGAUGCAGGUGGUACCGAAGCUGUGUAAGAUUUUCGGUCUACGAAUCAUCGAUACGGAAGUGUCCGAUUUUCUGUUGAAAGUGGUGCGCGAAACGAUCGACUACCGGGUGCAGAAUGGAAUCCAGCGGAACGAUUUCAUGGAUUUACUCAUUAAAAUGCUGCGCAACACCGGGAACCCGGAAGAGUCGCUUACUUUCAACGAAGUAGCGGCACAGGCGUUUGUGUUCUUUUUUGCUGGCUUUGAAACUUCCUCGACGCUGCUCACCUGGACGCUGUACGAGCUGGCCCAGAACCAGGAGAUUCAGCAACGGGGACGUCAGUGUGUGAAGGAGGUGCUGGGUCGUCACAACGGAGAGAUGACGUACGAGUCCGUCGUGGAGAUGAAGUAUCUGGAUCAAAUAUUGCAAGAAUCACUGCGCAAAUACCCCCCGGCACCGAUGCUCUUCCGACUGACGGCCAAGGAUUACCGUGUGCCCGAUACCGAUUCGACUAUUCUUGCCGGUACUCCCGUUUUCGUGCCGAUCUAUGCAAUGCAGCGCGAUCCCGAUCUGUUCCCAGAGCCGCUCAAGUUCGAUCCGGAGCGCUUUAGUCCCGAGGAGGAAGCUACGCGACAUCCCUUCGCCUUCCUCCCGUUUGGGGAGGGGUCGAGGAAUUGCAUUGGCCUACGAUUCGGCAUGAUGCAAGCACGGGUUGGAUUGGCCUAUCUGCUGAAAGGCUUUCAAUUUAGCACGUACGAGAAAACCUCCAUUCCGAUGCGGUUCGUCGAGAAUAGCUUCAUUUUGGCUCCCAAAGACGGUCUUUGGUUGAAAGUUAACAAAUUGUAGAGGGAAAGUCGUGUGGCAUAUGUUGCAUUCACUUCAUAAAGUACAUUAAAUUUCACUGCGUUGCCUUCAUCGUCUAGAGUGACGCCGUUAAGGAGCGAAACCAAACAUUGAUAAAAUCGUAAUCUUAUCAGAGCGCUAUUAUCGAUCGAUACACGCUCGAGAAUGUUGUGAGCGAUAUUAGCCCUUGCGGCUAAAGCAUAACACCUAUACUAACGCACUGCAGUGAAACAUUUUGUGUGGUUUGAAAUUUAAAUACAAACAACCGGCAGAUGAAUCCAUCUUCUUUAAUGUCGUGGACUUCAUCCGAUGGCCGGUACAGUACCAUUGCCUCGUAAAAUAAACAA